AUGAUGCCGGAUCCGCGAACACUGGCUUGCCAUGUCAACGGCAGCCUGCCCAUCCGCCCCUAUCCAAUCCCGAAAGAGAAAUCGACGUCGUACUUGAAGGGAAGGGCCAUGAAGGCCAAGGAUCUAUCAGAGGAUGAUCAUUCAGUGGGCGAAGAAAUCAUGGAUGGAGCGAAAUUGACACACCGAUUGACAAGAGACAAGAAACCCGCACCGCAUACAACCGGAGAACCUCAGAGUCGUCGAGGGGAGACAAGAUUGAGGGAAACCUCAAACCGGGGAGCAAAGAUCGUCGAGAUCAAUGCGGAAUGUCGAUCGAAAACACCGAUCAGUGCGCGAAUGCGCAAGGGCCGAGUUAGAUUUGCUGAAAAGCAGAAUCAGUAG